CACUUCCUGCUAAGCCUUAGCGACUGGGAGAGAAACAGUUAUGGCGGGGGAGGUGUAUCUGCUUUGGUUGCUGCCGUUAUUACAGGCGUUGGCGUCCUAUGGAGCAGAGCUCUCGUCUGAGGCUUGCAGGGAGCUGGGGUUCUCCAGCAAUCUCCUGUGUAGCUCCUGUGAGCUCCUGGGUCAGUUCAGUCUGAACCAGCUAGACCUUCCCUGCAGGCAGUGCUGCCAAGAGGAGGCUCAGCUGGAGAACAGGAAGCUCUACCCAGGAGCCAUCCUUGAGGUCUGUGGAUGAAAACUGGGGAGGUUCCCUCAAGUCCAAGCUUUUGUCAGGAGUGACAAGCCAAAGAUGUUCAGAGGGCUUCAAAUCAAGUAUGUGAGAGGCUCGGACCCUGUACUAAAGCUGUUGGACGAUAACGGGAACAUCGCUGAAGAGCUCAGCAUCCUCAAGUGGAACACAGACAGCGUUGAAGAAUUUCUUAGUGAGAAGUUAGAGCGAAUUUAGACACGGUUUCAUUUUCAAAAUUCAAAGCUUUUUUUUAAUGUCAAUCUCAAGCCGAUUUAAAGGACCACGCUUCAUAAAAAUCAUCAUUCUGCUGUUUGGAUCAGGAAUAACUGUACUUAUUUUGGUUGAUUUCUAUGCUACGUGUAUUUGUAUUGUUGAUUGUUGCUGAGGGACUUUUUAUACCUCUUGUUGUCUGAGUGAACUGUGUGAAGCUUGUUGAAAAUGCUGGAUUGAUGAAGCUUGUGGCGGGGACUCAGAAACACACGCUUGUGUAGAUUUACACUUUAGUGAAGGCCUUACUGUAAACCAGUCUCUGGCAUGUGAGGCCUGAAGAUCCUGUGUACGUCUCUCAGCGUGUUGUUUUUGGGGAAAUGUUCAAGCUUUACCCCAGUGUAAGACCUUAGUGCACACACACACACAAAUAAACCUGUUUUUCAUAUUAA